AUGGCGACAACUAUAGUUCUCAUAACCGGGGCGAACAGAGGCCUGGGAAAAGGUCUCCUACAACGCUACCUCGCUCUCCCGGAUCACAUUGUGAUUGCAGGUAACCGCGAUCCAACACACCCGACCUCGAAGGCCCUCAACGACCUGCCCAGAGCCGAAGGAAGCCGGCUGAUCGUGGUGAAAGUCGACGCGUCCGUCGAGAAGGAUGCACCCGAUGCCGUGAAGGAGCUGCAGGAGAAGUACGGGAUCACCCACCUCGACAUCGUCAUCGCCAACGCCGGGAUCUCGUACGUCUGGCCGGCAGUGGCCGAAGUCAAGAUUACCGACCUCAAGGCUCACAUGGAGCCGAACGUGUACGGCGUCGUCGCGCUCUAUCAAGCUACGCGCCCCUUGCUGCAGAAGUCAUCCAAAGAACCCAUGUUUGUGCCCAUGGGUUCGACCGCAGGGUGCAUAGAGAACCAACCUCCCAUCCCAAACGCCGUCUACGGCCCAUCCAAGGCCGCGGUGAACUGGCUCACGAUCAGGAUGAACGCCGAGGAGGACUGGCUCAAUGCCUGGGUCCUCAUUCCCGGCUGGGUCCAGACCGACCUCGGCAACGCUGGUGCCCGGGGCCUGGGGCUGGAGAAGGCUCACAUCGGCGUCGAUGAGUCGUGCGAUGGCAUGAUGGAGGUCCUUGCCGCGGCGACCAAGGAGAAGUACGGCGGCAAGAUGGUGGCAUAUAAUGGCAACUUUCCGGGAUGGUAG